UAUAUUCGGUUCGAUUCGGUUGUGUUCUCUUCAGGCUCUCAACUGGACAGUUAAAGUGGAUUAAGUGGUGCUUUACAAAUUAUCCAGUUCUUGAGCAAUACCGGAUACCGUGCGGUGCAGUGGCUUAUUUCUAGGCGCCGUUCUAAGGAUGGGAAAUGAGCUAAUGUGCCGAUAGUAUUAUUCAUCAGCGUGGAUUGUAGUAAACUGAUGAUUAACGAAUUCGCCAUGAAGAAGCUGAAAUAUUUACCAGUGUUAUUCGUGCUAGCCGUAAUAUUUUCCGGCAGGAUAGAUGCAGAGAAAAGAAAUCCCCUCAAAGAUCCUCGGAUAUGCGGGCGACCAUACUGUCAAGAGAAAAACAACAAAUUUAACUAUCAGCACAACCGGCUCUACAAAUAUGACUACUCGAUGUACGUUAAGACCGAAUUUUCGGGCAGUGGCGAGAAUUCGUCUGAGCUACAUCUGAUAGCGUCGGUGGAGAUCGAUUUUCCGAAACCGUGCCAGGGGAUCAUGAAGCUAUACUCGAUCGAGCUACGCGAUCGCCCUUUACCGGUAUCGGAGGAACAAGAUUUUGAGUAUGGAGCGGACUACGUUGAACCUCCACAGGAGGUUGAAUUACAUCCCAAGAGCGAUAUUAUCUCAGAAGAGCUACAACGAUUCGAGCUGCGUUUCGCAUUUCACGAUGGUCUCGUGAGCGAAAUCUGUCACGAAACAGAUGAAUCGGUGUGGACGUUGAACUUGAAGCGUGGUAUUUUAUCAUCGUUCCAGAAUAGUAUGCCACGAUUCGAUAUCGACUUUCAUACAGUCGAAACCGAUGUAUCCGGUGUUUGUGAUGUGGCGUACAUAAUGAGUGGAACAAAGGAAACGAGUUUGUUGAUCACUAAGACCAAGGAUAUUUCAUCCUGUAAAAGACGAUAUAAAACUCACUCGUUGAUUCAGUCAGUGCCAUACGAUUUCCGACCGGACUACGUCGCUUGGCCCGUUCUUAACUCUACAAGCUAUUGUAAUAUAUCAGUUGACAACUACAUUUACAAGGAAGCAAUUUGCUAUGAGCGACAUCAGUUGGUGCCGUUUUCGAAUGAUCGAGCAGGAGCCGUAACUGAAUCUUAUAGUAAACUUAUCCUAGCGGACGAAGAGUCCUACACAACGGAAGAGAAUGGCGGCACUGAUGACUAUGAGAUUCAGAAACGUUCCACGCUAAUAUAUGAUCACACUCCGUCAUUGCGUGAUAGUCACGAUGAGAUUAAAGCUUCUCGAGAACUGUUGAAAAAUCUGUGCCGCUUAGGAUUCCCAGAUAUUCAACGUAGCUUUCCAGAUGUAUUUCUCAAUUUUCUGUCAACGACGAGAGCGCUUUCAUUCACGGCACUGUCGCAGAUGUUGUAUCGUGCCAAGAGUAUUUGCGAUAAUGGGAAAAAUCACGUUUUAGAUAGUCUUCCAUUCAUCGCUAGUCCAGCGUCGGUUACUCUAAUGAAAGACCAAAUUGUUAAACAGCAAAUUUCAUCAGAACUUGCAAAGAAAUGGAUGGAAUCCUUCGCAUAUCUUACGAGACCAAACGAAGAAGUAUUGAAGGCAAUGUUAGAACUAAUCGAGUAUGGCAAAAGCAUCGGGGAAAAAAGCUACAUCUUGUCAGCCACGUCCGUGGUCCAUACCUUCUGUACUAUCUAUGCCGAGUGCGGUAGCAACGACAUGGUGCAGGAUAUUGUUCAAUUUAUAGAGACUGAUCUUCUGGAAAGAAUUCAAAGUGGAUCAACUAUGUCUCGAAAACAGCGAGAAAACAUUAUAGUUUCACUGAAAAGCCUGGGAAACAUGGGAGUAAUCAAUACGGCUUUUUAUCAUGAACUGCGAGAAAUAAUCGAAAUCACUGAUCUACCUACGGAGAUACGUCUGCAGGCGGUUUACGCUUUCAGGAGGCACGACUGUGCGAGAACGAAGGAUUACUUCCUGAAAUUGUAUUCGAAUUUCGAAAAUGAUGUGGAAAUCCGCAUUGCAGCGUAUCUGCAGGCAAUGCGUUGUCCGGACUAUCUGUCAGUCAAACUGAUCAAGCAUGUGCUAAAGACGGAGGAAGUAAACCAAGUCGGAUCUUACGUCUGGUCCCACCUGACGAAUUUAGCUCGCAGUGCAUCUCCAGUUCGAGUAGAAGCGCAAGGCUUGCUAGCUGAUGAUGAUCUCGGUAAAAAAUUCCGCAUGGAUUUCCGAAAAUUUUCUAGAAACUAUGAACACACUUUGUUUUUUGAUGAGUUCAAUUUCGGCAUGACAACAGACGCAAAUGUGAUAUUCAGUGCAAAUUCUUACCUGCCUCGAACUGGAUCAUUGAACUUAACGGCCGAUCUUUUUGGAGAAUCGGUUAAUUUUUUGGAGCUGAAUGCUCGAGCAGAAGGUUUUGAAGAUUUGGUUGAAUCCAUUUUUGGACCAUCCGGCCCAUUGAAUACUAAAAAAUUUAAGGAAUAUGCGUCGACUGUGACUUCGUUAUUCGGUUCGGAAUCCGAGGAAGACGAACAGGUCGGAUAUGAUCCAAUCAGUCCAAUUCGAGCUAAGCGAUACUCCAAUAGUAGCAUGGAGUUCGAACCACAACUGAGAAGCAAACGACAGGAAACGCGCAGUCCAAUAGUAAUUUCGAGAGAUAUUCAUGAACAAAUAGACAAUAUGGGAUAUAAAAUGAAGUCUGACUUUAGGGAUCCUCAUGCAUCGUUAGGCAUCAAAGUAUUUGGUAAUGAUCUUAAAUACUUCACUAUUGAGGGAAUGGCUGAAACAUUUAUGGCAGCGGAAAAAAUUAAUCCAUUAAACCUGUUGAAAACGUUACUUUCUGGCAAAGAAGUGUCGUACACAAGAUCGGGGGUGUUUUUGGAUACGUCCUACGAUGUACCUUUGAGUACUGGUCUACCAUUGGCACUGAGUAUAAUUGGUGCAUCAUCCGUUGACCUACGAAUGUCUGGAUCAUUCAAGGCGGUUGACUUUUGGGAAUCAACGCGGAUCGUAGAUCUGGAAGGAAAAAUCAAACCUAGCAUUUCAGCAGACAUAAUUGCUACAAUGAAAACAGAUUUUAUUCAUGCAGCCACUGGAGUCAAAUUGAAAAGUAAUUUCUAUUCCAGUUCCGCUAUUGAGGCUAAGGGGAAAAUUCGAGGAAAACGAUUAGUGUCAUUCCAAUUUAGUCUACCUCAGGAUCACAACGAAAUAUUCAGCAUUCGAUCGGAAAUGUUGGUGUUCGAUGAUUUCAAUGAGAUUCGCCAGAAAGGUAUUGAGAGCCGUUACACGAACUCAACAUGCACCUGGCCGGUAGUCGAUCGGGCGAUAGGGUUGAAACUUUGCGCCAAUUACAGUUUACCAGAUGUCAGCAACAAUGAUCAAGUCCCAAGUCUGAUUCUCAGUGGUCCACUGUACAUGGAUAUAAGCCUACAGAAAGCUGACCCAACUGCCAAAGUUUUUCUCUUUCAAUAUUCCUGGGACAGUCACGAGAACACGUCGGUAGGAUCACUAAUUUUUGAAACACCCAACUCUCAAAUUCCACGUAUUUUCAUCGCAAACAUCACAGCAGACUUGGAAGGAUACGGUGUUUCGAUGGGUUUCCGCAAUGGCGAGAUCUCUCAUUCGGCUGUUGGUAUCUACAAGGACAACAAGAACCAAAGACGUUUGGAUAUGUCGUUGAAUGUGAAUGAUCGAAAAUAUCUGGCGCUGGAAAUGGGAUACAAUAAAACUGAAAUCAAGUAUGGAAUGAUCUACAGUCCGUCUCUGUUUUUGUCGGUAAACAGUGAACGAAUCGCUGGGAUGGCCGGACAAAUCAAAAUGACCGACAAGAAGGGCAUCAAGCAAUGGGAUUUAAGUCUACAGUUUGAAACCAAGCGAGUGCAGACGAAAGUAAUAGGAUUUAUUCAACAAACACAAGCGUCUAUCACAACCAAAUUUUCGAUGGAUUACAGAUUCAUAAAUGGACAACAAGAGCGUCUGACCUUGGGAGGAACGUUCGCGGAUAGAAGUAAUCGUGGACGAUCGGAGUAUCAUGGAUCAUUCGAGUUGCGUUCGUCUGCUUAUCCCAAUUUUGACUUUGCUUCUACGCUGAAGUUUCUUUCAGCAAUGGGGCAUGUUGAGUGCAAACUAGAGUACAACAAUGCCGCAGAUUUGAAGGACCCGUACUUUACAACAACACUGCAGUUAAUUUUCGCACGCUUCCAUUUGGCAGAAGUUGGAAGGACAACCGCUUCCGCUGAGUUAACUAGACCACGUUCACACACGAAUUUUAAAGCGAUGAUUAAACACGAACACAACUCUAACAAGGGCAUCGAGCAUAAUGUUCUCUUAUUACUGCGGUAUGCUAAGGACAAAGACAUUACAGCAGUGUUUUCUGUUUACAUGCCACGAGCAAUGUUGUUUGCCAUUGAUACAGCUGCCAACAUAACAGUUCCCGGAUUUGACUCUUGUACCGUGAACUUCAAAGUGAAGGAGAAAGCACGCAAAGAAUACUACUUCGACUCGAACGCUGUGUGGUUCUCUGGUCACUCAAUCGUGAUCAACGGCUGGUAUCAGGAUCGUAGUUCAUUCAUAAAAUCUUAUCACCACGCCAAGUUGGAAGCCCAAAGUCCUUCAUUUGGCGAUGUAACCGCAGAUGUUAAAUACGUACGCGAUGAGAUCGAAUAUAAGUUUGAGAUUCACGCAGAGUACGCCAAACAGCCGUAUGGUUUAACAAUUCGGCACAUUCGAGAAUCUGAGGAUGGCACCAACACCUACGCAGGAUUCCAGUGGCGUGAUGCUUUAUAUUGGUUUUCGGCGAUGAUGAAAUCUGCUCCCAUCAAGGAAUUGAUAUUAGAACUACAUAUUGACAAAUUACGUGAUAUCAGUAUAACACUGAAAGGAUAUUCUACGGACCUGAAAAGAGAAGUGGGUGUAGAGAUGAAAUGGGAUGCCAACCGCGAUCCUACUCAAAAACUGGUGAUAUCUGGCGAACUCAAUACGCCUACGUAUCGCACAUAUAACGGGCGUUUUAUAGUAUCUUAUCCCAACAGAACCGUGAACGGCGUGUUUGAUUUGAAAGCCAUCGACCCCAAAUACAUCGCUAAUGCUCGAAUAGCGUGGAAUACUUCGGAAGCAAUCGAACUGAAGCUUGAUGCAGGAUCGGAUGAUGAGAUACUUCGGAAUAUGUGGUUACUGUUUAAACUUAUAACUCCGUUCGAAGGAUGGCGUUAUAACGCUCUCAACGGAGGAUUUUACUUCAAGGACAAUUUACUACAAAGUAAUAUUUCUGCAAACUGGGCCGAAAAUCAAACACUUGGGUUGGCGUUGAUGGGACUGUAUCUAUCCAAUGAUACGGAUUUCAACUGUGAAUUUAAAACAAAACUUCAUAGCUCGAUUGAACAUGUUCCGACUAUCAAGGUUCAUUUGAAGCACAAAUAUGACAUCAAACGAGUUGAUACUGUUAUUACCGUGAAUCACACAGUAACCGACGAACCACCACAUAUAUUCUCCGUAUGGUCAGGUUGGCAAUAUGAUCAUGACGAAAAAUAUCGUAAUAUCUCCGGAACAUUAGCUUGUGUAAGCCCGUUCGAAGGCUAUAAAACGGGUGCAUUAUCAACAAAAUUCUCCUUGAGCGAAAGUCGUGAGCUGCGUGGGGCGGCUGAUCUCCAACUGGAUGAUGACAAGUAUGAACUGGUAUUGUUAGGUCAUGUUCGUAAUUUUGUAGAUAAUAUGCUAACUGUGAACAUAACAUCAUCGAACGAGAAAUUUCGCAACAUUCGAUGUCGCUUUGGAAUCAGCGAGAAAGAACGACAUGCUGUAGCGGAAGUGAUAACACCAAAGACUGCCCUAGGAGUUGAAGUUCUAUUUGCGGUAGUGUCUGCUUACGACUUUGACAUCAAGUUUUACUUAGCCACUCCGCUGAAGGACCUCGAAAAGGUAAUUUUGCGAGGAAAAUUCAAACAAGAUAACGUGGACUUCCGUGCUGGACUCAACAAUUUAGUUAUCGGGUUCGUGGGUGUUUGGCGGAAAGCACACUUAAAAGACUUUGAAUACUCCUAUAAGAUGUUCACACCACUACCGAAAUUCGAAGAAAAUGGACUCAUACUGAAGUUGAUUAUGAACAAAGAAAAGAGUGAAUAUAUAAAUAUGGAAUUCAGCGGAAGAUUCUCACAGUACAAAUUAGGUAUUAAAGCGGUUUCGGAACCUAAACCUAAAUUAUUGCGUCAGUUAGGAAUGCAAAAGGCUUCCGAAUUGCUCGAUGAGUUCUUAGAAGAGUCUCCCGAUAGUAAAGGUGCUGAAAGCUCAUACGAAGAUGAAGAAGAGGAAGAUGAGGAGGAUUUAUUGAAUUUAAUUGGAAAAAUCGAAUUAGACACAAUCGUUUGGCCUACCAUUACCGGGACACUCGACCUUGAAGAAUACAAAUCGAAAUAUUACGUAACUGGAAAGCUAAACCUACCACAAGGCUAUAUAGAUGUUUGGGAUCGUUUCUGGCUAGAAGAUUUAAUGAACAUGAAGAACGCUUUAAAGAUAAAAACUCCGUUUACGGCCUUGAAAGAAGUACAGUCGGAAUUCGAGCUGAGAAUUCCUUACCCAACGGACAAGUUCACGGUCGGUUUCAAUGUACUUGUGCGAAACAUGGAGGAGUGGAUUAACACUGGUUUCCAUAUUUACUACAACGUGUCAGUUGAUGAAUCAGACACGAAAACACAUCACGCAAUUGUAACCUUGAUGACUCCACUGCAGAACUUGAAGAAAGUUCGCCUUCACGGUAUUCUAGACGUCGAGGAACAUGGGUAUCGUGGGAAUUUGACCGCUAAAACUACGACAACAGAAGGGUCGAUAGCUCUCAUGUUCGAGAGUGAAGAUCAGUUCAUUGAUUCAGCUUUGACAAUUUGGGUGCGAGCUCCCAUAAUGCCUUACUACGCCUGUCGCGUGUUUUACAAACAGGAUUUAGCUGGUCACGACAACACCAUGAAUAUGGGUUUCGUGGUACACGACGGUGAACUGUACAAUAACUUCCGUUUGGAUGGAGCUUGGUCGAUGGCGGAGCCACAUUUUCUAGUUGGCAAGAGUAAAUAUCAAUCAAAUUUCCUACCAGUGCACACGAUCGAUACCGAAUUCGUGAUAACACGUCAGCCUUAUCCUAAGGCACAGUUCGAGCUUAGAUUCAAUGAUACCGAAGGAAUAGUGGAGCAUAUCCGUGCUAAAGCUACACGAAAUCGAGAAAUGGUGGCAAUUGAAUUGAGUGUACCGAUUCAAGAAUACCGAAAUUUGUCUGUGUAUGGACGUCUAUUGAAGAAACAUGGCGAUGAGUACUCUGUGGCUGGACAACUUUAUCGAAACGAUGAAGUUUUCAAUGUGGAAGGAGACGCAACUAUCGUACAGGAUAUUCCGAAAAAUAUUGCUUUAGUCAUUAAACCGCUUGGGGAAGGAGAUGACGGCUCCAUUGUGUAUGAGUAUUCAGUAGAGGACACAGUAACAAGCUUCAAUGUAAAAAUAGAACGUGGAGAAAAACAUGCUAACAUGAACGGUAGUCUAAGACUUUCGUCUAUAGGGGAUUGGAACUUCGGGUUAGACGUAAAAUCUUCGGAACAAGAUCUAUCAAACAUCGACCUACAAGUCGGAAUUACUCCAACAGACAAUGGACUUCUGUCAGGUGUUUUCGAAUUCAGCUCCCCUUGGAAGCACUAUGGAAUUGAACAUGCGAAUGUUAGUAUGCUGUUUGAUAUCAAACCAAUUUCUGGUACGAUCGCGGCGAAUUAUACAAUUCCAUCCAUUUCUGGAGACGCUAGUUGUAUGUGGAGUUGGCAUAUGUUGGAAAAUAUGCAAUUCGAAAUGCAUAACCGAGUUGUUAAGGAAUCCACAGAGCGAUAUUUCCAAACUGGCGUUCGCUAUCUUUGUCCGGAUCUUAAAGGCAACCAUAACAUGACAUUUGGUGGUGACCUAAACCUGAACAAUGUUUGGAUAUUUAGCGCUAAUACAUCAGUUACCUUCAUAUCAAUCUCCGAUCUAGCAGGUGUUCUGAAAGUACGCUUACCGAAACCUGUAGGCGACGUCCAUACGCUUGCGAUGAGCAUGAAUGGAAACAUUCCAUUUUUGGAACCCGUCCGGACGCUGAACUUUGAAUCAUUCUACGAAACCGAACAAUCCCAUAAACGAUACGCUUGGCAUUCGGAGUUUAGCAAUAUCAACGAUCUUCGAACAUUGCUUCGCUUUGAAUGGGGACCUGAUGUGAGAUCGGAACGUGUCCAAUCAAAUCUGGAUAUAUAUCGAAACGGGGAUAGACGUGAGUUCUAUGCGAAGCUACGCGGUCCCUGGUAUCUCGAGGAUGCUUUCAAUGCCAUGGCCAUAUACAACUAUGCUGAUAGCAUGUAUCUAGUCAACGGCAAUGUCUCGAUUCCUGCUUCACGAAAGGUUGCUGAAGCGAAUGUUGCAUUCGCUAAUCUAUCCAACAUGAAGGGCGACGUUAACUGUACCACACCCUUCUUGAAUGUCACUUGGCUUCAUGGUCAGCUUGAGUUCAUCGAUAAUCCGUUGGAAUCAAUUAGAUAUUUGAGGGCCACUUGGCCUGAGUCCAACGUGAUUUUCGACUCGAAGUCAACCUAUAAAUCGAAUAAUCUGGAUCGCGAUCAACAAGGAACAAUAAAAGUGGAGAUUCCUUUGCAAACCAGACAUUAUGCCGAGGUAAAAUAUGGUCUAGCAGAAAGACCUGCGAUAACCACUGGUCAUGCGGAGAUUGACUACAACAACCAAAAAGUUUUAAGUGGGCAAUAUACUUCCAAACAAGAAUCUAGAGCUGGCUUCGAAAAAGAAACUGUUGAUGUAACUUUGGAAAAUAAUUUCAAGCCUGUGGGUGUCCACUAUGUACACACAACUAAAAUUCUUGGAAAUAACUAUAAAGAGAUGGAUAUUAAACGGGCCGAGGUGUUCGAACUACGAAAUCAGAAGAAGUUCAAAAUAACCGGUGAAUUGAAAAUAACUACCAGGGACACAGGUAGAGAAUACAUCGUGACUGCUAUCCAUCCAAACCGCACUGUAGUGCUGACUGCAGACUUCGAUGAAGACGGUGACACUACGAAACAGAAAUCGAAAUUACAGCUAUCUCCCAAACAAUGGAUCGCGUAUGACUUCCACUUAACUAACCUCUCUAAGCCAGAAAAUGCGUCACACAAAUUCAGAUUAGAUGUAUCUUAUCCACGAAGAAAUCUCUCUGCUGAAGGAUGGUACGCGGUUACCUACAAUGCCUUCGAUUCGGAUGUUUCAUUGCAGUAUUCUCCAAACAAAACUAAUGAUGAGGAUCCAGUAAAGCCCCGAACGGUUAGAGGUGCUGUCAAGUGGGUUGACGAUUCUAGCAGUGAUGUAACGAAACAAACCGUAUUAGUAUUGUUAGGACACCCAACGUUUGAAAAUGACAUCACACUGAAAACAGUUUACUAUUCGGAUGACCAGAAUCUGCUGAAAAGUAACUUAGAUAUCCAAUAUACUCAAGCAGACAAUCACCACGUUUCGAUAGAGUUUGAUGCAAAGGAUCUGACUUCUGUGGUAGGCUUCCGAAACUACUCAUACUCAAUGUUCGGUGUACAUGAAGCAUCCGACUGGGAUCUCGCUUCGCGAGGAUCCGUCGGUCUACGACUGGGUUUGUAUGAAAUCAACUCCAACUCCCACUACAAGCGAGGCUAUCUUUCGCGUAUGGAAGGUAACAUGAUUGGUAAAGUGGACGUUAAGCUGAAAGAAGUGAUUCUGGAGAAAAUGACCUCACAUAGUAAGUAUCGCCUGUGGGGUAAAGCCUCUGGAAGCUAUCCACUGUAUAUGAUCAACGGAAGUCUUCUGGAUGGUCCAGAUCUAGAUGCGGCAGGAUUCUUUUUCAUCGAUAUCGACGAUAAGCUUGUCCAGAUGAAAAUCAAUAUGACUCCCGAUGCCUCGGAGAACAUAUACAUGUACGGAAUUAUUCCGGACUCUAGAAAUGCCUACUUUGAUUUCUGGCGAGAUUACGACACGUUGCGUGAGAUCGAUGUGACUUAUUAUCUGAAGAUGAACCAUUCCCGGCUAGUUACCAGUAAACUUCACUGGCGACCAGAGAUACGAUCCGACUUGCGCAAUCUAGUGCGUAAUUAUUUCACCUCACUGCACACUUCGUUUACCGAGUCGCUGGAAUUUUGGGUCAAACAAAUCUAUCUGGAAUCAAAGGAUACUGUCAAUGGUAUUUGGGACUCCGCACAUCCUUUCGUGGAAGGUUUCCUAGACGAUGUUUCCGGAUUGAAUGUAAUACAGGAUGACCUAGAAGAUUUACGACAGUUUUUGAAUGCUUCGUAUGUCGCCGAUGACUUCUACGUACGAUCAGUGAUUAAUUUCACCAUCACCGUGCUAGAUGAGCUGGCUAUCAAAAACAAAUUAACUUCCUUUCCUAAAAUUCUCACCGAGUUCUGGCAGGUUAUGGGUGACUCGGGACAAGCACUGAAGAAAUCAUUGACAUGGUUGCUGGAAUCUAUCAAACUAUCUUACCAGAAGGUAGUUGAUGUGAUUGGGAGAAUUCUUCAGGGUGAUUCUAUGAAAUACAUAUCAGAAGUGCUAGAGAGUUCAGUUGCACGAUACGAUAAGUUUAUCAAGGAUUUACAUCUUCAAUUUAUAAAAAAUGUGCAAGAUAUGUGGAAGAAGUUAACUGAUGUGAUCACUUCCUACUGGCAACGCAUGCUGCAAAACAUCGAACCUUCGGUUAUCAAACUGGCUCAUUAUGCUGAAUCCGUAACAUGGCAUGUCGGUCACGAAGUAUUUUCAUUCCUGUAUAACAAAACGCAAGAAAUUGCAGAAUCACCGUACUUCACGAAGGUUACCAACUUUACACAAGAUUUGGAUACUUUGUACAAAGACAUUAUUCAUAAUGACAUCAUCACCAAUACGAAGAAGUACGGUGCCAUCGUCAUUCGCUUCGUUAAGGAAAAAUUCUUCCAGCUGGUACCGUUCGGUCGAGAAUUGCAUCAAGUUCUUACGGAACUGUGGGAGGAAAUCCAACAGUUGCAAAAGCUCGAAUAUGUCCAAUUUAUUCUGCAUCGUGUAAAUGAAGUCCGUUCCAAAGCAGAAUGGCUCGCCGAAGAGUUCCAACUGGAGAGACGACUUCAUCAACUAUGGCGGAUGGUUAGGCACAAAUUAACCAGAUACGCUCAAACAGCUCUGCAAGCCGAAAAUCAUUACCGCGAAGCUAAAACCAAAUUCAUUUUUGACCCCGACCAUGGCAUAUUGGAGUUGGAACAGAAGCUUCCGAUGUCUUGGCAUGCAUUCAAUGAGACACCUAAGUUUGAAGAGAUUCCCGAGUACAAGUUUAUUACCGAUGUUCAAAAUUUCUUUUCGGGGAGUAACACGACCAUUUGGACUCUCUAUAGUGAGAUGAGACCUUACACGGACACUAAGAUGUGGUUGCCUCCGUUCAAGGCCAAUUCACUAAUAGUGGGAUCGAGACACUACAUGUCGUUUGACAAACGAUUUGUUUCAAUAGAACUAGAUAAUCUACUGUCGAAUGAGGAAUCGAACCCGUGUUCGUAUGUACUGGCGCAUGAUUUCUAUAAUAGAACUUUCACACUUUUGCUGGAACCAUCGGUGGUAGAUGAACAGAGUUCGCGUAAGGUAACUCUUCUUACUGAGGGACAUCUUCUAGAAAUAGACAUCUCCGACAUGUCUGUGAAAAUCAACCGAAACGUGACGACUGCUUUACCUGCCCAGAUUGGUGAUACGGUUGUACACCGUGAAACUGAUCAGCUUAUAAUACAGUCCUUUAGAGGAUUUAAGCUUACCUGUAGUUUACAGUACCACAUGUGUUCGUUUGACUUAAGCGGUUGGUACUUCGGAAAAACCGCCGGAAUUCUAGGAACGAUGAACAAUGAAGUGUUUGAUGAUUAUCUUACAUCCGAUCAUAAGUACGCGUCUUCAAAGAAACAGUUCAUCAAUAGUUGGAAGUUGCCACAGUGUAAAACUGAAGUAGAACCGACGAAUCACACCCGCAAUUUCUUCACUGUUUCCAACGAGCUCAGUCAACUUUGCGAAUCAUUUUUCCAACAGAAGCAUUCAUACUUCGCAUCUUGCUUCCCUGUUGUGGAUGCUACACCCUUCUACGAAAUGUGUCUCGAUCUGGGUCACCAUAUAGACAGUAAAUCCAACAGUCCAUCCAAUAAUGGAGCUUGUACUUCUGCGCUAGCAUACAUGGAUGCUUGUCUUCUGGAAGAUAUGCCUCUUCGAGUUCCUGACUCAUGUAUUCAUUGCAAACUCAUUAAUGGCUCAUAUGUAACGGAAGGAACCUUCGUAUCCAUGAAAGAAGAUGAAAUUCCUCAGACAACAGAUGUUGUUUUCAUAGUAGAAGCUAAACCGUGUAACAGAAAUAUAACGACAACUAAAAGCAUCAUUACACUGGUACAGUCACUCCACAAGGAAUUGCUAGAGCACAACAUCACAGACAACCGUUAUUCGGUGCUCAGUUUCGGUGGACUGUCCCCAUUCGAUAAGGCUAGAAGUGUUAUUGUCAACGAUAACGUAUUCGUUACCCACGAAUUCAUCGAACCAUUCUUUAAUCAUAUAGUUACUGAAAACGGCACAAACGACGAUAUCUUUGAUGCGAUCAUAGUGGCAUCCAAACUGAUCUUCAGACCAGGAGCAACUAAAACAUUUAUUUUAUUACCGUGUUCCAAAUGUGCCAGCUCUAGCAUGAAACUAGACUACUCAUCGUUACUUCAGUUGUUACUCGAAAAUGGCAUUAAGCUGCAUAUCCUUGCCGAUCACGACAUUGAAUUCGACAAAUUACGAGUGUCACAAAUGCUUUUCGGCAUGGAUCGAGAAAAAGCAUAUACCAAGAAGGACAUAAAAGAACUCGUAGGGGAUCCUCAUCUACGGAAGCAAGUCCGACUACCAAAAGCUACAUUAGGAAGCUGUGCUGCUCUGGCACUGGAGACGGACGGGUCUGUGUUCAGCGGACGCAAAUUACGCCCUGAACGGCGUAACCUGACAAAGAAGUUUAUAACGGUGUUUACAAAACGUGUAGCCAAUACGGCAGCGGCUAGCACAUGUCAAACGUGCGAAUGCACCGGUCAUAAUACAGGAGUGUCCUACAUGCUCUGCUUGCCGUGUACUUACCCUUCUGCGUUCAGUCUAGAUCAAGAGCGUAUGACUGAGGAUGAGUUGUUGUCGGUGUUACAACCGGACCAUGACUGGGACUGGGAAGAGGACGACGAAAUGCUGUAGCCGGAAAGAAUGGUUUGUAUUGGAAAAUUGGGUCAGAGAACAAUUCCGAAACGACAAACAUGCCCAGCUCUCCUACUAUCCAUCGGGAGUAACUACAGUAAAAAUAAUGAAUCAAUAUUCGUUAAUAUUCUUUGAAAAUAAUGGCAAUAAAAUUUAUUUGUUCUCGGGAUAGGUGAUAUGUA